AUUGGAAGCGGCGAAUUUGGGACUGUCUACCGGUCUGUUAAUGUGAGCACCGGUGUAAUAUAUGCUGCUAAAAAGUUCCUACGGAACGGCAAAGGUCACCGGGAAAGGUGGGAUAGAGAAGUCGCACUUUUGCGUAAUAUUUCGCAUGACCACAUUGUAAAGUUCGAGGAUUACGACACCGAACGGAAAUGGCCUCGCCUAAUAAUGGAAUAUCUGCCCCUUGGGAACCUAGCGGAACACAUGCCAAUCACUGAAUGGGAGACCGUUACACUACUCUGCCAAGGGCUCAAAGCUCUUGAUUAUCUACACUCCCGCAAGAUCAUGCAUCGCGAUCUCAAACCGGAAAACAUUCUGGUUCAGUGCCGAGAGCCCGCCAAUUUCUGCAUCAAAAUUGCUGAUUUCGGACUAGCUAGAGAUGGCUCCUUCCUCAAGACAGUCUGCGGCACGAGGCUCUACGCUGCCCCGGAGAUUUGGCAGAACCGCCCUUACACUUCCAAAGUAGACAUAUGGUCGCUAGGCCUUAUCGCGUUUCAG